AUGGAAAGUUCAGGAAGCAUGAGGGUGGAGAAGAGAGGGUAUGAAGAGGGCGUGGAAUUGGAUGAUGAUGCAGAAGAAGGCCACCCGCCAGAGCCAAAGAAGCAGAGAUUGCCCGCUUUGGCAAGUGUAAUUGUGGAAUCUUUGAAGGUAGAUAGCUUGCAAAGACUUUGCUCAUCUUUGGAGCCUCUUCUCCGCAGAAUUGUUAGUGAAGAAGUGGAGCGUGCUUUGACAAAGUUAGACCAUGCUGAACUGGCUGGAAGGUCUCCACCACCAAGAAUACAGGGCCCAGAAGGAAGAACUCUGCAACUACAAUUCAAAACAAGAAUGCCUCCUCAUCUGUUCACAGGUGCAAAGGUUGAAGGAGAGCAAGGAGCAGCAAUUCAUGUCGUCAUGCUAGACCACAGCACAGGCACUGUUUUGCAAACAGGGCCUGAAUCAGCUGCAAAACUGAAUGUUGUGGUGCUGGAAGGUGACUUUAAUGAGGAAGCUGAUGAUAUUUGGACCAAAGAACACUUUGAAAACCAUGAAGUAAAGGAACGUGAGGGGAAAAGGCCACUUUUGACAGGGGAUCUACAAAUUACUCUCAAGGAAGGGGUAGGUACUCUUGGAGAUCUUACCUUCACUGACAAUUCUAGCUGGACAAGGAGCAGGAAAUUCAGGCUUGGUGUUAAGAUUUCCCCUGGAUAUUGUGAGGGCAUUCGUAUUUGUGAGGCUAAAACAGAUGCUUUUUCUGUUAAAGAUCACAGGGGAGAAUUGUACAAGAAACACUACCCACCGGCUUUGCAUGAUGAAGUUUGGAGAUUGGAUAGAAUAGCAAAGGAUGGAGCUCUGCACAAAAAACUGAUUAAGGCUGAGAUUGUAACUGUUGAAGACUUUCUUCGCCUCCUUGUCAAGGACCCACAGAAAUUAAGAAGCAUGCUUGGGAGUGGGAUGUCCAAUAGGAUGUGGGAAAAUACAGUGGAGCAUGCAAAAACUUGUGUCUUGGGUGGGAAGCUCUAUGUUUACUACACUGAUCAAACUCACAGCACUGGUGUUGUUUUCAACCAUAUUUAUGAGCUUAGGGGCCUUAUUGCUGAUGGGCAGUUUCUUCCUUUGGAGUCGCUUACCCACAGUCAGAAGGUUUCAGUGGAUUCUCUGGUGAAGAGAGCAUACAAUAAUUGGCAUCAAGUCAUAGAAUAUGAUGGAAAAGUCUUACACUCUCUUGUCAGCAUCAAAAAGGUUACGAGAGCCUCAGCUGCACCUGUGACUGUGGCCGACCACAACAAUUAUGCUAUAGACCACCAUUCUGCAGCUGCUCAGAACAGGCAGCAGUAUACCUCUCAAUUCAGCGAACAGUUCCAAACAGAAAAUAACCACCCAUCAGUCCCUCAGUACAUUGAAUUUCCAUUUGUGAGGUCCGAUCAAACAGCAUUGAUUAAAUUUAAUAACCCAGAACCAGCAGCAUUAUCUGGCAGCAUGGAUUACAUGCCAGUUGGAGGUUCACAUUUUUCAGGAGAUUGGUCACGGCCAAACAACGGGAGUGGAUUGGAAGAUUUCGUGGCUGAUGAAAUCCGUUUCAGGAGUUCAGAGAUGUUGGAGAGUGAUGACAUGCAAAGACUGCUCAAGACAUUUAGUGUGGGAGUCGGUGUAGGAGCAGGAGCGGGUUUUGGUGCUUCUGAUGAGGCUUGUUACAAUUACAGUGUACAGUAUGAGCCUCAGAUAGGCCAGUCAUUCAGGAAGGAGCAAGCAAAGAGCUCAGGAAAGGCUGUAGUUGGAUGGCUUAAGCUCAAAGCCGCUUUAAGGUGGGGAAUAUUUAUUAGGAAGAGAGCUGCAGAAAGGAGAGCUCAGCUCACCGAGCUAGACUGA